AUGUGGAGCCAAAAUGUCUGCCGGCGUGGUUUGUGUGGUUUCGCCUGCAAUUCAGGUGAUCUCGACGGUACCGGCGAGUACUCGGACGUCACCGCUGAGGAGGUGUCCUUCACUUGCGGAUGCACCGGCACGCCCGCGCCCGCGCCCGACCCGAUCGCUGUGCCCACCGGAACGUCUCCACCAAUUGAACCCGAAAGUGAUGAUGGUGGUUUACUAGGCCGCAGGUUGUCAACGUCGGCUCUCGUAGCCGGAGCGACGAGUGUGUUGGCCAUCGCGCUGGCCCUCGGGAUGGGCGUGUAG